AUGCAACAGCAACAACAGCAAGGUCGAAUGUUCACAGCUGCCUUCCUGGCACUUGUUUUCCUUCUGGCAGCCAUGAGUACCACUGAGGCUGGCAAGAAAGAGAAACCAGAGAAAAAGGCGAAGAAGUCUGACUGUGGGGAAUGGCAGUGGAGUGUCUGUGUGCCCACCAGUGGUGACUGUGGCCUGGGGACACGUGAGGGCACUCGCACUGGAGCUGAGUGCAAACAAACCACCAAGACCCAGAAGUGUAAGAUUCCCUGCAACUGGAAGAAACAAUUUGGAGCGGAGUGCAAAUACCAGUUCCAGGCCUGGGGAGAAUGUGACUUGAACACGGCCUUGAAGACUCGGACCGGGAGCCUAAAAAGAGCCCUUCAUAAUGCCGACUGCCAGAAGACUGUCACAAUCUCAAAGCCCUGUGGGAAGCUUACCAAACCCAAACCUCAAGAAUCCAAGAAGAAGAAAAAGGAAGGCAAGAAGCAAGAGAAGAUGCUGGAUUAAUGGAGUCAAUUUGGGCAAUAUGAGAAAGGGACAUCACCAAACAUGAUCAGUUAACAGUUUCAUUUAUACCUAGGCAUUUUAUCCUAAAAUUAAUAGCUAAUGAUACCAUAGAAGGAAAAAAACACAGAAAAAAAUCAAUUUUUUAUUACUUUAGUAUUUUUAAUGUAUAACCCUAACAACAAUUUUUAGAGGCCUGUAAUUAAGAACUCCUAACUAAUUUAGAAAAUUAUUUCUAUUGUAUAUUGAACAAUGUAGAGGUUUUUAAUUUUUUUUUUCUCAAGUCUUGCCAUAGGUCUCAAUCAGGUAAUUAGUCCAUGCAAGCAGAACCUGAAUCUGUGUGGAGCUCUGCUGAAACCAGUGGUACCCUAUGUGAACAUAACACUCCGGCUGGAUGCAUUUAUGUUUAAGAUUGGGACCUUAAGUCUGAAAAAUUGAGGCCUAUCUCUUAAUUUCUGAUUACAUAACUGUAUGAAUUUUUUUUGUUUAAGGAAAGGAUGGGGGCAUUUUGUUGAAUAUUUACAAGUAUGGGAUUUUCUUGGAUGUGUGCUUAAUGUUCAUUCCAAAACGUCACUACCUACAGGUAAAAAACAGUAACACUCCUUUCCUUAACCAUAUUUUGAAUGUUGGCGGUAAAUCUAAAAUCUUUCAACAAUUGGACAUAAAAGAGUCCUAAUUUUUCAUGAUUUUCUAGCAACGAUUUUUCAAAGUAGAAUGAUGGCAAAACUUUCCACUUUUCAGCAUAUCAGUGUUGGUGGAUGGUAGUGUCCUCAAUUUCACUAUAAAAGUUGAAAAAUGCUGCACAUUUUUUUGUUCAUUUUGGCAGAAUGGAGAAAAUCCUUUUCAUAAAAGAUCUAGUUGAAAUUGCUGUGAUUCUGUCUGACCCAGCUCCCUUUUGUAUCAGUGGAAAUAUUCUUGUUGAUCUUAAUUAUAGCUGGUGGGAAAUAAAAGGAGAAAUCUGUUUGGAAGCCACCAGAAGUAGUUCAUAUUUUUUAUCAAAAAACGGACAAUUUGUAAGACCUGAAACCAAUAGGAAUGAAAUUAUUUUUGGUUUAUCUUUUAGUAAAACAGAAGAGAAAAACCAGUAAAACCAGUAUCUUUUGCUUUUUUCCAUUUUUAUAUAAGCAAAAACACCUUGUAAAAAGCUCAGCCAACGUAAAAUUAGUUGUGAUUUUUUUAAGAUAUAGUCUGCAGGGGAAAAAAAAAAGAAAAAUUACAACCAGCUGUUUUUCAGUUUGUUCAGUUUUACUUAAUUUAAGUGAUUCUGAAUCCUGAGAGAAGUCACAAAGUAGAAGAAAGAUCUGACAAAUGGCUGGUCUGUCUCAAGGUAAAGGAUUGUUUAACAAACUGACAACAAGCAUACCAAAAUUUUUAGAGGAAACAUAAGGGAUUUCAAUGCCCAAAUUAAGUUCAGAAUCAUUGCUUUGUAAUUCUAAACGUUGAAAUUCAACAGCAAGAAACAAGCUUUGGCGUUUGUGUAGGCCGCAGGCUUGCCUGCUGGUCAAGAGGAAUAGUCUCCCUUGUACUCCUGCAUGGUACCCACUGACUUCAGUGAAGCUGCAGCAGGCUGUGUUCAUCUGAAUAAAUCACAUUUCUCUCUUGGGAUUAGCUUACAGACAAGCAGAGACUUUUUUUCAUACUAACAUCACUUCUCUUUUCUAUGCAAAGAAAAUUGUAACAAUUGUAGAGCUUGUCCUCUUUUUUCUCACAUGGAGGGAAUGGCUGAUCUGGACUCACGGUGAGGCAAGUCCUUCUGUUCCCAAACAAUCCUGAAGCCUGCUAGCCAAGGCUGCACAUAGCUUAAGGUAGACUAACCUCACAAUUAUUUCCAGACUUCUAGGGUGUGUUUUUCAGUCUCUGUUGAUGUCCUUGCUAUUUUAACUGUGCUGUUAGACAUACCUGAAUCUGUGGUAUAGUUAAAAAUGUUCCCCACACAUGGUGGAUGUGCAGUGACCAAAUCUAAAAUCAUAAAGGCUCAUAUUUAGGUCGUUCUGGGUGCUAUUUGGUUUGUUCAUGGUCUAAUCAGGUCUACCUGUGCUUGCGCCUCAGACUUAAACUAAUGGUUUGGUAGGUCUGGUUGAAAGCAAAGGGAGAAGGAAACUUUUUUUCACUCACCAAAGGUUUGUCUGUCUAAAUGCUGCAUCAGUUCACUUAAAGUGGCUCAGCUUUGAGUUUAAACACUGUUGCACCAUUGUCUCACACUGGUUAAUCUAGUCCAUGUUUCACAGGGAGCUGGCAGGAAUUGGGAAUGAUGUUGAGACCAACACUCUGUCCUUUAGCAAACCUUAGAUGUGACUUCUUAUUUCCACCUCUGUGAGUAUAAAGAAAAUAAAUUCCCCUGUGACACCUUAUGGUCCUUUUGUUAAACUGCCCAUGUGGCUUGUUAAAGGAACAUUCCUAAUAGUUUUUGAAGGAAGCCAGUCAAGUUCCUAUGGUGGCAUAGGGCCUUCAUGGAGAUAGCUUACAGAAAACAAGGAAACAAAACAAAAGAUAUCAUGUUGGGACCAGAAAAAAAUUCAGCAAAGGGUGUGAAAUAGGAGAAUAUUUCUUAUGUACUACUCAGCCACAUAAGUCCAGAUCUAUAUUGGCAUCUUGUUGUUGACAGCAAUUGGAGUAAUAGUUUAUAAACGUAAAAUGAAGAAAAUUUCUAAUAAGCCAGAAGAAAACAUUCAGUGGAAAGUCUAGCUAUGCAGGAGGUGAUUAAGUAAUUUAUGGCAGGACACAAAGAAGAUUGAAUAGGUCAGUCAGGUCAGCUCUAAAAGGAGGCUCCUGGUACCUAAAAGGAGCCCUUGUGUCACUAGUGACAUUAAGAAGAAAGCAAAAGCAAGAUUCUGAACAAAACCUCUUCCUACCCAUCUUGAUCAGUUUCUACUUCAGUCAUUCCAAAACUUCUCCUUAUUUGCUUUCUAAUCUUCUACCCUCCCUGCUUUGGGAGGGCAAGCUUUUCUGACAGUGCUGUGGGAGCAGCUAGUUCAGAUGAAAAGCAUGUUUACCCUCUUGGUGCUAUCCUAUUACAAUGAAAAAUGACUUAGCAUAGCUGUAUUGCUUACCUAGUUUAACUGACAGAGAUUUGUUUCAUCAAUGUCCCUCUCGAGGAGUGGUUUACAUCUUCAUUUGCUACAGCUGUAAUAGAGUAUGGGGAGGUGAUAAAAAUCCCCCAAAUGACGGCCUUUUCCUGAGCACUCAAAUUUCUUAGAAAAGAGAGGAUGAGUUGCUGAACAUCAGCUAAGGAUGAAUCUACAUCCAGACUCUGGAUUCCAGUGAGUUUAAACCUGAAUAUAUUUGGGUAUAUCUCCCUUCCCUUUCUCUAAGGACAGGCAAUGCUUCUUUCAGUUGGGCCUGUCUAUAUCUUGAUUUAAAACAGUAUUUCAAGACUGGGACAUUUUCUGACUUAGACAUGUCUUCUGAUAGAAAUUCCCAUAGUGAAUGAGAGUCAUUGCUUAUCAGCCUGGCCUAUUUAACAGUCUGUUAAGUGCAGCAAAACUUCUGGGCAAAGCUCCAGGAAGGUAAAGGGUUUGUUGUACAUGCAGGUAGAUACUAAAUUGUAAUUUACUGAUUUUCAUCUUCUAAUUCCAUAAUGACAUUCUGGGCUGAACUGUUUUUCAAAGGAGAAAAUUAGAAGAAAUAAAAGAAUAACAAUUAUAUAUAAGCAGGCAGCUUUGGAGAGUUGGUCAAGAAGAGACAGAUAGGAAGUCAGGAGCAUUUUAUACAAAUUUCUAUUGCAUGCUCCUUAUGUGUGGAAGGCAGAACUAGUGGUUGGCACAUUUGUUUUUAUGCUUUCCCUGAUUUGUGCCUUGAUGAAAACUAAUCAAACGUAAAGUGUUGCAGAGAGGUGAAGUCCCACUCCAGCCUCAAAAGAAAGUGUUCAAGUGGAGGCAAAGUCAAAAGAAGACAAUAGCAUACAGGCUAAUGUCAAUGUUGGGGGUGCGACAACAUCCUGAUUUGCCAAGUCUAGGAACUGCAGAAGCAUUAACAAUGUAAACUCACCACUUUUCUAAGGCAAUAUAUUGGUGAGGUGGGCACCAUUUUGAUAUCGCACAGUAGUCUUUCAUGUCUCCCAAAUCCUACUAAGAAGAGGAAGCAGUAUAUCAGUGGAGGUAGGUAUCUUGUAUUCAAUCAAUUUUAAUUCUCUAGGACUGCACUUCUCUGAAGUUGAGAUUGAGUUCUGUCCUUUGCAGAGACAAAUUAUACCUGUUGCCUGCCUUCCCACACUUAUCCAUAAUUUUGAUAACAUUCAUAGGUUUUCUGUCAAUUCUGUUAAGGCACUCUACUUCUUGGUUGGACUUCUGUGGAUGUUGUUGAUCUUUCCUCAUCCUUGAGACUAUAUUCUCCAUUUCUUCCUGGAUUGUUUCAAAACAGCCCAGGAAGCCCAUACCAUCAAGUUCCUCCGACUGUGUCCUUCUGAAAUUAAAAGACACAGUAGCAACUUGUUAGUCACUGUAUGACAAUGAACAAGGAAGUAUGAUAAUGAGCAAAGCGUCCCUGAAUUAGCUGGGAGGAUGAAUUGCUGGUAAAACUUUCCUCAUAACUCUACCUUGUCAUUGCUUCCCAGGGGACAGAAAUGAUCAAAUUAAUAUCUCAGAAAUUAGAGACAUUGAUGCAGCAGUGUCUGCCUUCAAGCAAAAAACCACAGAAAACAGAAAACUACCUUAAUUAGAAAAGUAGUGGCAAGAAGCUGUAUCCUUUACCACUGUCCUCUUUUAUCAUCAAAUUAUGAUGGUGCAUAGAGUUUCAGGUAUAGUGAAAGAUUUGCCUGAACAGGUGUAGAGCAUGGAGAGAGCCUAUUCCACCCAUGGGUGUUUGCAUUUGGAGAAGAUGUAGGCAAUCUCAUUCACAGCAGAAUCAAACUUUGCUUUUGGACCAAAACUAAACAAUGCUGAGAUCUAAUAAUUUUCCUAAUGGCCCCCUUCUGCCACUCUUCAAAAAGGGCCAUCUAUCUUGUGGCCUCAUCACUCUGAACUGAGCAAAAAUCUGGGAAAACAGGAGAAUUCAACUAUAUCAGCUAGUAUUAUCUUAUUGCUGGGGUUGUACAAUCCUUUAGUCCUUUCUGUAGUUUGCUAUUUAAAAUUGAGUGUCUUGGAGUCCCAAAUGGCUAAAGAACUCUGUAAGUAUCUCCUAGCCUUUAAACCUCUUGGCUUUGAGUGAGUGAUGUGUGUAAAAGCUGCACCUACAGAUUUGACCCUUUUCUUAAAAAACCUAUGAUAACAAAUAAAACCCACAACAAAACUGAAUACAUAUCCAAUGAGUGGAUUUAUUGCUGAGCUAAAAACAGAGGCUCACAAGUAUUCCCAUUUCAGAAGUCAUUGAAAGUUAAAGACUGUACAAAACCUUUAACCCUGAAUUCAGUGAUGGAAAGCUAGGAAAAUGGGUGGCCUCUGCAGGGUUCUUUUACCCACAGCCAAUUUAAUUCAAUUAAUUUUUCUGUUCAAACUCCAUUGCUCUAAUCUACCUGACAACAAGACAUUAUUUAACUUUUCUCAUUAGGUCAUUCUUCUCAUUCCCCAUAUUACAAUUAUGUAGUUCAUCUAGACUUUUACAGCUGAAGGAGAUGGCUGUGAUAGUCCAGAGUGUGUUGUGGUUGCUGAGGUGGUCUGAAGCAGAGACAGGCUGCAGCUUGGAGCUAGAAUCCACCUAAUGCAGAUGUUAGCAUCAGACACAGCAGUUCUCUAAAUCCACACACAUGCAUACUGCAUAUUUAUAUAUACAUUCAUACAUGGGGGAGCAAAACUCUGUAAAGGUGCAUGCAUAACUCUAAAUGUGAAUCACAACCAGUGCUGCCAUAUUUUCAGGCUGUGGUUGAAAUGAAAGAGCUUUUUAUCCUGUGCUGUUAUUUAAGUGAGGGUACACAAGUAGAAUGAAGAGCUAGAUUUCUUCCUACUUGCCAGCACUUCAGUUUAAGAAUGGCUGUGUCCAAGGGAAUUGCAAACCACAUGCCAAUGUAAUAGCCAAAAGGACUUACUAUCAUAGUGAUGUUCUCUUCUGUCAGAGUGAGUACACGCAAGGGCUCUAUUUAAAGUGGACAAACUGCUUCAGUUAGGUGUGAACAUAGAAACAUGGGCAGGAAAAGUCUUUUUCUCUGCCAAUAAAAAGUGAGUAAAUUGGGUAAAGUAAGAUGAAAAAACAAAAGAGAGAAACUGUAUUAAUUCUUGUAGUUUGAGUGGUGAAAUGAAAGUCAAAAUAACAAAGCCUGAAUAUCAUGUUCAAUGGAUUUCUAAUUCUGUAUAUAUCUAUUAAACCAGUGCUAUAUAUCUUCUUAUGGAUUACUUUCUUUUCCUGUUCCUUUUCCUUUUUUUUCCAGUUUGUAUAUUGAUUUUGUAAGCUAGCAGUGUGUUACCUUUUCAAUUUUUUAAAACUUGUAUGAAAGCCAUAUAUGCAUAUUGUAGAACAAAAACAUUAAUCCUGUAACGUCUCUUAAUGUUUCCCUUAGCUCUGUGGGAUUUGGUGGGGGCUCUAGCGAAUGUAUAUGUUUACCAAUUGUAUCAGCAUAAUUUUCUUGCUCUUAGUGGCUAUAAAGAAUUAAAUAAACUAAUACACAGACACGUGGUGUCGUCA